AUGCCAGGCAUCCCGCAGGCUCACCCUCGCUUCAGAACAGUGCAGCAACUCACUGUAGAUUAUGCGCCUGUCAAGAUCGCUCAAUAUGAGUCGACGAGGACCGGGAUGCGCGUUGUUGUGAUUGAUCAAAAGGGACCUAAAGUCGAAGGAUGGUUUGCACUUGCCACUGAGAUUCACGACAAUUCGGGUGCACCUCACACUUUAGAACAUCUGUGCUUCAUGGGAUCCAAGAGCUACCAUUACAAGGGACUUCUCGACAGACUGGCGUGCCGCGCGUUUUCUUACACCAAUGCGUAUACUGAUAUCGACCACACUUGUUACGAGCUCAAGACUGCUGGUUGGGAAGGCUUUGCUCAGAUCUUACCGGCUUAUUUGGAGCAUGUGAUUGUGCCAACUCUGACAGACGCUGGCUGUUACACCGAGGUUCACCAUGUAGAUGGCUCAGGAAAUGAUGCUGGUGUAGUUUAUUCGGAAAUGCAAGGCGUAGAGAACAAUUCGGAUGAAAUCAUGGGUCGUCGGGCCCGGGAAAUGAUGUAUCCUGCUGGUAACGGCUAUCGAUCGGAGACUGGCGGAAUGACCAAAGAGCUUCGCUCUCUGACUGCUGAGCGUAUCAGGGCAUUCCAUCGUGAGAUGUAUCAGCCCAAGAAUCUUCGAGUCAUCAUUACUGGCGAAGUUGAUCACAAGGAGUUGCUACGCCUGCUUGACGAUUUCGAGACGACGAUCGAAGCGGAUGUUCCAUCUCUGGAUAGCCCAUUUACCCGACCUUGGGUGGCGUCCGGGUCCACGCCCUCGCUGACCGAGACAAAAAUUGAAACGAUCAAAUUUCCGGAGGAAGACGAGUCUGCUGGUGAAGCUCUCAUUGGAUUCGUCGGUCCCGACAUCACAGAUGAAGUUUCCAAUAGCGCUCUCGCCGUUCUGUUGAUUUUUCUGUGCGGCUCGUCAAUCGCUGUCUUGGAGAACACUCUUGUUGAACGGGAGCAACUUUGCAGCGCUGUUUACUAUUCGACCGAUACGCGCCCAGACGUAGCAAUUUGGUUCAGUCUGGUCUCAGUCGAUACUGACAAGCUACGUUCAGUGUAUGAACGACUGAUCGAGGUCUUGCAGGAUACAGCAAGCAAGCCCUUGGACAUGGCGUACAUGCUUGACUGUGUCCAGCGCUCACGCCGACAAAUCAAGCAGCAAGCAGAGGAUGGCAGCAACUUCUUCACGACACCCGUGAUUGAGGAUCACUUGUACGGCGACAGGGACGGUCGAAAUCUUGCUCCGAUGUGCACAUUCAAAGAUUUGGACGAGAUCGAGACAUGGACUGAAUCUCAGUGGAAGGACUUUCUCAAGAAAUGGAUCUCGGACGCAAAUCAUGUCGUGGUCCUGGGAGAGCCGUCGAAGGAGCUGGCAGACAGGCUGACGGCCGAGGAAAAGACUCGAGUGAAAGCACAGCAGGACCGGUUGGGUGAGGAAGGACUCAAGAAGCUAUCGGAACAAUUGAAGCAGGCUCAAAAAGAAAACAACCGACCGAUUCCGGACGAGUUGCUCGCACAAUGGCCACAGCCGAGCACUAACUCCGUGCAUUUCAUUCCUACCGUAACAGCGCGAUCCGGUGCCGCGCGAAAGCUUGGAGAUUCGAAAAAUCAGAUCCAGGACAUAAUCGACAAAUCUGACAACAAAUCACCAUUAUUUAUUCACUUCGAACACAUCCCAUCGACGUUCGUUCGGGCACAAAUCCUGAUCGGCACUUCAUCGCUACCAAUAGAACUGAAGCCGUUGCUGCCCUUGUAUCUUGCCAAUUUGUUCACCACACCAGUCACGCGCGAUGGCAAGCGGAUCGAAUUCGAAGAGCUGGUCGUUCAGCUCGAAAAGGAUACUACCUACUAUGGCGUCGAUUCAGCCAUCGGCAACGGCGAGAUGCUAGCGUUGAGCAUGUCAUUCGAGCCACAGAGCUACGAAACCGCUGUUGGUCAUUUACGAACGGUGAUGUUCGACGCCAUCCACGACCCGACCAGAUUGUAUGCUUCCUUGACCAAGAUGCUUGCUGAAAUCCCUGAGUCCAAGCGAGAUGGAGAGAGCAUGCUGUUCGCCGUGAACAACAUGGUGCAAUUCGAGCAAUCCGGCGUUCGGCGUGCAACUAAUGUUCUCACCCGCGCCGUCUGUCUCAAAAGAUUGCGAGCGCUGCUGAAGAGCGAUGAAACCGCCGUUGUUGAGAAGUACUCGAAACUCUGCAACAUUUUACAUCGUCCAGAGAAUUUCAGAGUGUAUGUUGCCGCAAAUGUGGAGCAGCUGCCGAAUCCUGUUUCGACUUGGGAUGUUCUCACUCACAAUAUGGAUUUGAGCAAGCCUCUUGAGGUCCUCGACAGCACUACCGAGACACUGAGCAAGGUCGGCCGCUCGCCAGGCUCAACAGCCUACGUCGUUUCCAUGUCGACAAUCGACUCCUCUUUUGGUCUACUCACCGCCAAAGGGCCCAAUUCUUUGUCACAUCCCGAUUAUCCUGCUUUACUCGUAGCCAUUGGAUUCCUCUCCGCGACCGAAGGCCCAUUAUGGGUCGCCGUACGCGGCACCGGUUUAGCCUAUGGCGUCAGUCUGCUGAAGUCGAGCAGCACAGGUACACUCUCCUUUUUGAUCUACCGAUCGCCAGAUCCAUACAAAGCAUACACCGCCGCGAAGGAAGAGAUUGAAGGCUAUGCAAGCGGCAAGUCCGAGAUUGAUCGAUUCGCGAUCGAGAGUGCGAUCAGUGAAAUUGUCUACGGUAUGGCAAGCGAGGAGGCCACCAUGGCAAGCGCGGCUCAGACGAGUUUUGCGAAUCAAGUUCUGCGUGGCGUCGGUAAGGACCAUAACGCUGAGCUCCUCGCAAAGGUCGGCGAAAUCACAGCCGAGCAUAUCCGUGAGGUCAUGACCAAAUACUUGGUGCCUCUUUUCCAGCCCAACACCUCCAACUUGGUGAUAACUUGUGCGCAAAUCAUGGCGGAGUCCGUUGUGGCGAAUUUCACAGCCGCCGGAUUCACGCCCCAGACCAAGCCUCUGGAGUACUUCCAGGAUGACUAUGGACUACAUGCACCCGAGGGCGGGGACGGGAACGAUGAUGAUGACGAUGAUAAUGACGAUGAGGAGGAGGAGGAUGGAGAGGGAGAGAGUGGCGACAGUGACGACGAUGACGAGAUGGAGGACGACGAUGCCGAGGAGUGA